AUGGCUUCCACGUCUCAUCACCCGGUGAUGCUCCCCAACAAACACCUCGACCACUUGGACUCUGACUACCUCUUUCACCUGGAUAUCCCGCUCAAUGAUUCGGAGAUCGUAUCGAAGUUUCACAAUGUCAAGUUUGUUUGUAUCGGUGGAACGGCCAAUAGAAUGGAAAAGUUGGCCUUGCAUUUGGGACAAGAAAUUAAUUUUCAACCAACCGGAAACAGUCGUUUCGACUACUCAUUUACAAACGAAAGAUAUUCGGGGUUCAAAGUCGGACCUGUGUUUUGUGUUAGUCACGGGAUUGGAACCCCUUCCUUGUCGGUCAUGCUGCACGAGCUCUUUAAACUACUACAGAAGGCCAGUUGUUGUGACGUCACCCUGAUAAGAAUUGGCACCUGUGGGGGGAUAGGUAUCAGCCCUGGUACAGUAGUAAUAUCCACCGGUGCCCUAACCUCUGGAUUUGAACCCUUCUACACCACGUCAUCCCUGGGCAAAACCCUGAAGCUGCCAACCAGUGUGGACAUGAAUCUCGUCAACAGCCUCCAGGGCUGUCGGAGAGACGAGGACGGCUUCCAAGUGGUGCUGGGGAAAACCUACUGUACCGAGGACUUCUACCAAGGCCAAGGUCGACUAGACGGAUCAUUUUGCGACUACAGUAAAGCAGACCAGGAUGCGUUUUUGAGGAAACUUUACGACCUUGAAGUGCGCAACAUUGAGAUGGAGUCGGCCGCAGUUCUAGCAAUGGCGCACAAAGUGGGAAUCAGAGCUGCUGUCGUGUGUUCGGUCAUCGUUGACCGGCUUCAGGCGGAACUGCCCACCGAGUCCAGGGACAACCUGCAAGCUUUUCAGAACAACGCCAUCGUGCUGGUGGGCAGGCACAUCAGACAGAGGCUCAAUCUUUAA